UGAGAGGUAGAAGGAUGUGAGUCAGUGUGUUUUCCUUGAAGCUACUGUCGUCGUCCCUGGAAAAGUUCUGCAGGAAUAAGUUACAGUGAGAACAACAAGGGAUCUGGACUGUCUCCCUCUUAUAAGAAAUAAAAAACAAGGUCCAGCGUGAAGUGACUUGAUGGGAGUGUGGAGAGGUGAGUGGCAGGGCUACACCUCAUCCCUCCAUCUUCCAGUGCUAACUCCAAGCUGCCUCCCGGCACAUCAGACAGCCAACUCAGCCUCAAGUUUUAAAGAAAAGAAACUAGAAGGCAUCCACUCACAAGCAUAUCAAAAAUAGAAGAAAAGUCCAAGCGGAUUUUAUUUCUGAACUGAGAUGGGUGGAGAAUCUGCAGCUAAGCCUGGAGAACAAAAGGUCACCAACCAGAGGGCAGGAUGGAAAAUGCCCGUCCUCCUCAUCCUGUGCCUGCUGCAGGGUGAGGCCCAUCUCCUCCCUUUGGCUACUCCACACAGAAGACCCCAUCUCAGAUGGCUGUGGGCCGGCUCUCUGCCCUCCAGGGCCCACUUCUGGGCCAAGGAAACACUCACACCUUUCUCACCCCUUUGCUGGGGGGAGGGGUGAUCCAUCCCAGCUGCAAAUGCAUUGAAGGGCCCAAGGCUGGUGUCUGGGGAGCCUGGGGGAGCUGUCACCAUCCAGUGUCAUUACCCCGCCUUGCCCAUCAACAGCCACCAGAGGAAGUACUGGUGCCGCCUAAGCCCCCGGACGUGGAUCUGCCACACCAUCGUGUCCACCAACCACUACACUCACUUUCGCUACCGUGGCCGUGUGGCCCUAACAGACUUCCCCAAAAAAGGCAUGUUUGUGGUGAGCCUGUGCCAGCUGUCCCCAGAGGAUGUGGGGCACUACCGCUGUGGCAUUGGAAACUCAAACAACAUGCUGUUCUUCAGCAUGAACCUGACCGUCUCUACAGGUCUUCCCAGAACCAUCCCCACAGCCACUCUGGCUGCUGGUGAACUCAUCACAGGAUCUUUCGUGAGAGCAUCACCAGCGGCCAACAGACGGAUACCAGGAACCAUUCAGACUAUAGAAAGACAAGGGACAGAAUGUAACAGAGUUGUUCUGACUCCAGGAACCAGCAAAACCACAGCUUCAGCUAAGGGAAGGCAAACCCCAGGAGCAACUAGGGUAGUAGCUCCAGGGACAGGCAGCCAAGUAGAGGGUUCCAUUUGGGCAACCAUCCCUACUCCGCAGAGUCCAGCUUCAACAAUCAGAGGCAUGUCCAGUACAACAGAAGGUGGUCCAGUGUGGGGCACCAGAAGUUCAGAAGCAAACAGGACAAGGGCCAGUGAAAGAGAGAGGGAAACAACUACUGGGGCUGAUAGCCAAAGAGAGGAAACAGAGAGGGUCAGAAUAGCCACGGACCCAGCUGAGAAGGUCAUAGGGACCAAUAGGCCAUCAACUCUGGUCUCAGAAAAAUGGAUGUGGGAAACCCUCCAAGAAGGAACUCCGGUUUCUAAGCCACAAGUGUUGGGCUCCAUUGAAGGAACCACCCCAGCUACAGUUGUGUGGACCUUUGAGCUGACCAGCACAGAGAUGGCAUCUGCGGAGGGAAGCAGUGAAGGAGACCUAGACACACCUGCUGGAGACAGUGGUCCCCAAGUGACGCCAAGUCUCGCCAUGGCAGCAAGGCCCCCGGCCAAGGACUCGCCCAUGAAGAGUGCUGCUCUGGAAGACAGAAGCAUCUCUCGGAUUGUGACUCCAGUCUCCUCAGUGCUGUGUCCGCUUAUGCUGAUGGCUGUUGUUCUUGUGCAAAGGAAGCUCCGGAGAAAGAAGAGCUCUCAGGAGACAGAAAGGUCAUCAGGGGUCACCUUGAUUCAGAUGACGCAGUCAGAGCUGAGCCUCCAGCCAGACCAGCUACCCCAGGUGGAAAGGAAGAUACUCCAGGGUGACUCUCCUCCUCUCCAUGCCAGCCUGACUAUCCCGGAGAGGGAGCCCGGACCCCAACGAAUGGAAGGAUAA